AUGAAUGUUGUUUUCAGAAAUUUUUGUCGAAAAAUGUCACCUCAAAACAUCCAAAGCAAGUUUAGGGGCUGUCUUGUAGGUUCGUUAAUGGGCGAUUGUUUGGGAGGCCCCUACGAAGGUGACGAAAUCUCGAGCGGCGACAGGAUCAUUAUUCAAAGGUAUUUCGAUAAAAUGGAAGAUGCCUCGUUCAAGGGUCCCUUUAAAAAAUACACAGACGAUACAGCAAUGAUGAAAUCCGUAGCGAAGUUUCUCAUCGAUAAGCCGGAACCUGAUUUUAAGUACCUCGCUAAGCUUUUUGUUACUGAAUUUUUUAAGGAGCCUCGUCGAGGCUACGGUAGCAACGUCAUGGAUGUAUUCGAAAAACUAAGGAACACAAAAUACGAAGACAUUUAUCGUCCUUCCAAUGAACAAUUUAACGGCCUAGGCUCUUACGGAAAUGGUGGAGCAAUGCGCAUUGCUCCUAUUCCAUUAUACUUUUAUGAUAAAUAUGAAAAUAUGUUAAAUGUUGCCAGAGAAUCUACUAAAAUAACACACAGCAAUUUGCUUGGGAUAAAUGGGGCCCUAUUGCAAUGCAUAGCAAUUCAUCAAGCAUUUUUAAUUGAAUCGGAUAAGCCUGUUGAUGUAGAUGGGUUUUGUAAAGGUUUAGUGGAGAAAAUAAGGCCCAUUGAACUUGCUUGUUAUGAAGAUCUUAACGACAAAAGUGAAACUCCUUAUUGUGAAAAAAUUUUCACACUUCAAGACAUGCUAAGAAAAAAAUAUACAGAUGAUUCAGACGAAGAAGUCAUUUGUAAUAUAGGAAAUGGAAUAAGUGCUUACGAAUCGGUACCGACAGCUAUUUAUUGUUUUCUUAGAGCUCAAAAUCCUAUACCCGGAAUAGAGACAAAUAAUAUAUUCAGAAGGACCAUACAGUACGCUAUAACUUUGGGAGGUGACACUGAUACAAUAGCUUGUAUGGCAGGAGCUAUUGCUGGGGCUCAUCUUGGCUAUGAGGCUAUUGAUAAAACUACCCUUCAGCAUUGUGAAAAAUAUGAAGAUAUUGUUGGUUUGAGUGAUAGUUUAUUUAAAGCUCGACCAAAUUGA